CCAUGCUAUGACAAUCUCAGCAUGGAACGAUCUUACUGGAAAACCUUGUAAUGCUUUGAGUAAAUGGGCAGAAAAAUUCAAUGUCAUUGGAGUCACUGCACUUAAAACCCGUCAUACAAGAGGAUUUACUCUGAACACUACUAUGUCUACUAGGAUCAUUAUGAAUCCUAAAGGACAAAGAGCAGAUAUGCUUCGAGAAUGGGUUAAGUUGUAUCAACAUGUGCUGCUAGACAGACAGGAAAGGAUAUUGAAUGUAAGGUACCCAAGCACUGAAAAAAAAAAAUUGUGACCAUAGCUGAACUGAGAAGCAAAAAGGCAGCCAAUGCAACUCCAGAUGAAAUAGCUUGGAUCAAAGUGACUAUACCAGAAGCUGACUUGUAGAGAGUUAAUGCAUACAUAGGCUGUCUUGGUUGUGGAAAACGAACAUAUCUUGCUUUGGGAACUCACUUUCCUUGCAUUUCAUGCAAAAAAGGAGAUAUUAUGGCUGCUCACAGAGUUACUUUCAAGUUCGAGGCUGCUGAUCACAGUGGAACUAUGUCGUUUACAACGUUUAAUGAUGAUACAGAAAAACUUUUCCGAAAGACAGCAUCUGAAAUCUGGAAUAUGAAAACCUCUGGAAAUUUCGAAGUGUUCAAGGCCAUACAAGAAAUAUUGUCAACAAAGCCUUUUUUCAUCCAAGUAACUCCGACUUUGGAAUUAGCGAGGAAUAGUGUUCUGUUAUGGACUUUGAAAUCCAUUGAAGUGGAAGAUGCAGAACCAGAGGCUCAAGUUCUAGGCUCAUCAUCUGCUACUCGUAACAACGAUCAGAAUACCUCUACAGCCGCUAAGGGACACAGAAUAGAACAACCAUUCAUGACUGGGGCUGCAGCUUAUGGCAGGAAAGACUUCAACAUGUCACCAGCCACAACUAAGGCUCAUGGCAAAGCAGCAGCUGUUUCUAUCCCAGAGUUCAAUGCCAAUUCAAGUGACGAUAAUACAGAAACAAAUGAUGAGAUUCUUGCUGAAAUAGCUCAGCUUCAUGAAUUCAAGCUAGCUUCUCAAGCAUUUGACACAGAUUGCUUUGACAUUCCAAUUCAGCAACCAAAUAGAGGAAUUACAAUUUCAGAACCACCAGCUUCAGUUACUGAACUUCCUACAUGGAACAAGCUUGCUCGCACACGAAGCAAUGUCAAGAACAAGGAGCCAAUGGCUGUUGGUGAGAUGCUGGAUUCAGAAGAUGAAGACAAUGUUCCUAGGAAGAAGCUCCGAACAACCCUUUUUAAAGAAACUGCUGAAAAAGAAAGUUCUGAAAACACAGAGUAAUCUGGAAACAUCCUCAACAGUUUAUGAAUGAAGAAAGCUAAAACUAUAUAAAUAUUCGCCAUCAUUUGCUUUAAGGAAUAUUGGUACUAAUCAGUCUCUAUGGUAUGGUAGUUUGCUAAAUCUGAAAUACCUUUCGUUUGGAUGUUUAAAAGGAACGUUUUGGACAUCUUUUGUUCCCAAUAAACAUCAGCUAUGUAAUUAGUACUGAAAUUAUGUAAUGAAGCCUGAUAUGCAGUAGCAGUAGUGUCUUAGUCACCCUAUCUUAGUUAAACUUGAAUCUUCUGAUGUGUAUAUAGUAAUGCUGGCAAUUAAAAAUUUACCAACAUUGUAAGGUAACUAUGCUGUACUUGUAUCCUUAAAUCAGGAUACCUAUCUAUAAUAGAA